CGCAAAAUAGGACUCACUUUUGAAUUAUGUUUUUGUCGCUCAAUAGUAUUGACUCAAUAACUCAAUAGUUAUUUACAAUUCAAUUCAUUAAUCGCUUCCUAAUUGUGUGAACAGUAAGCCAUUGAUUGCAAUGCAAAGUGAGUCACAAAACGGUGUGAAAGACGGCAACGAAAGCACAAAAUUAUUGCAAUUUUUGUGUCAAAUCGAGUCAUUGAAACACUUGGACCGCAAGGGGUGGACCAUUCAGGACAGGGAUAUCGACAAACCAGAGUCGGUCGCCGGACAUAUGUACCGAAUGGCCGUAAUGUCGAUGCUAUACGAGACGGACACUCCAGAUGUGGUGAUAGACCGGAACCGUUUGGUGCGAUUGGCGCUCAUCCACGAUAUGGCUGAAUGUCUGGUCGGAGACAUCACUCCAUUCGAUGGCAUAUCUGUCUCCAAGAAACACGAACUCGAGUUGAACGCUAUGACAUAUUUGGUGUCAUUACUUCCGGAAAAGACUUCGGAUGAGUUCAAACAUCUCUACGAGGAGUACGAGAGUCAACAGACAUCGGAGGCGAAGAUAAUCAAAGAGUUUGAUAGGUUUGAUGUCAUGCUUCAGGCCUUUCAGUACGAACAGCGAGAAUAUGAGACCAAAGGCCGAGUGAUUCGCUUCCAAGAGUUCUUCGACAGCGCUAUCGGAAAGAUCACAUCCAAACAAUUGGUCCGAAUGUGGGAUCAGUUGAACGAACAAAGGGCUCAGUUCUGGUCCAAAGUGCAAAGUAGUCAACAAAAUGACCACUGAUUUGAUCCGUUCAUUAGUUGCGGGUUUUGUGCAAAAUUUAUCCCAAUUUAAGGC